AGACAUGAGCCUCCGCCAGCCCACAUCCACCCUGGACAGCCCUUUUGCUGCUUGGCUCAGCAGUCUGACGACUGGAGACUCCGAUCGCAGAUCCUCUUCCAGCCAGCAAAGAGAACCGACAGCAGAUGUCUCAGCUGAGAGCACAAGUGCUGGUCUUGUCCAUCGGUGUGUGGUCGUGCAAAAAGACCAGCUUGGAUUUGGCUUCACUGUGUGUGGAGAGAGAGUCAAGCUUGUGCAGAAUGUUAGACCAGGUGGAGCAGCGGUCAAGGCUGGGGUUCAAGAAGGGGAUCGAAUCAUCAAGGUGAAUGGCCAGCUGGUGUCCUCCAUGUCACAUCAGGAGGUGGUAAAACUCAUCAAAUCUGGAACGUACGUCGCACUGACGCUACAAGGACCACCACCCUCCGUCCUCUUGGAGCCCCUCCCCUCUGACCUCACAUCCAAUCAGAGAACCAACAUGAGUGGGGAACCGUUACCCCCUCCCCCUCCACCCUUACCAUCUGGACCGAGCGGCACCCCAUCCCAAAGAAUCACUGGACCUAAACCGCUACAGGACCCAGUAGUGCAAAAACAUGCUAGUCAGAUACUCAGGAAGAUGCUGGAGCAGGAAGAGGCUGAACUGCAGGACCUCCUGGACCAACAGUUGAGAAACCCAUCACCAUCGCUGGAGGAACGGAUUGAAAGCGCAAAGAGGAGAGCUCAUCAAGUUAGAGUCAAGAUUCAGCAGGAUGUGGAUGGAACACGAUCAGAAUCUGUGGCAAGCUACGUCCUCGCAGGAGGACAUCUUUCCAUGGACUCAAGUGAAGGAGACAUAGAGGCCUUUGAGAGUCCCCACUCCUCCCCCUCAUUACCCUUCAGGACCCCUCAUCACAGACUCCAGAGCUCGGACACACACGCCCUUCCUGACAUGAGUGGAAAGGCCCAAAUCAUCAGUCCUGAGGAUGAAGAUGAAGACGAAGAUGGUUAUGCCUUAAAUGAGAUGGAUGGUCCAUUCCAGGAUAUUGAGUUGUUAAAGUCACGACCGGCACACAUGAUGGUUUUCAUGAGAUACAUCUUCACCCAACUGUUGGACCCCAACCCUUUGCUCUUCUAUCUGUCUGUAGAAGCGUAUUUAGGUUCCACUCCUAAAGACGCUCGUGGCCUCGCACCUCAGAUCUGCUCCCACUUCCUGGAUCCAGAUGCCCCUUUGAAAAUCAAAGUCCGAGAGGAGUAUCUCACAGACAUUGAAAGUCGUCUUCAUGCGCAGGAGGACAUCAGAGGACCUCUGUCUGAGCUGCAGCAGCAGGUGCUGCCGGACAUCCAGGAGCUUAUUCAGGACUACAGGAACAAACAGAUGAUGGGCCUGGGCUCUCUGUUCGGGGAAGGCGACCUGCAUCUCCUGGAUGGAGACCCGCUGAAGGAGAAACAAGUCGUGGACAGACAGGUCACUGCACUCUGGGAGAUCCUAUCAAACCAUGAAGAGGACCGAAGUUCUCCUCUGGCGUCAGCAGUGUUGCUGUACCUGCGUCACUCGGGCAUCAAGCUGAGAGAUUCCAAGGUGUUUCCUAGUCUCAGCGUAGAGAAGGAGAAGUGGCUCGCUUUCCUAAAAUCAAAAAAGCUGACCAGCACGAAGGACAAAAAAGAUGGAGAGGAUAAAAAAAGGAACCCCAUCCUGAAGUACAUCGGAAAACCCCGGAACAUGUCUCAGUCCACAUUCCACGUCCCAUUGUCUCCCUCAGAAGUGCGUCCGGGCAGUGUGAAGAACAUCAUUCAGCAGUUUGAGAAUCACUCAGACACUCCAGGAGAGGAGGGGGGGGAUGCUGCGGACCCCCAGAGGCUGUCGUCCAGCAGCCUGGGAGAAGAAGGCAAAGACGGCAUGGACAGUCCGAUGGUCUCUGUGCGUCUGGCACGCAGCGAGUCUCUGAAGGCUCAUGGGGAGGGCCGGCGGCGGGGCACUGGCUCAGGAGGAGACUCCGUGCCCCGUUCUCGAAGCGACGUGGACAUGGAGGACUGUGGAGAAGAGCAGGACCAACAGGGCCUUCGACCUCUGCAGCACAGCGCCUCGUCGUCUGCGUCCAGCAGCUCCGCUCGGUCUCUUGAGAACCCUACACCCCCAUACACCCCUCGGUCUAGACGCAGGAGUGUAGACUCGCCUCUGGCCCUGCUGCCUGAUGCAGCAGCUCUGGAGGACGAUGUGUGUGAUGGUCAGCACUGGCAGGAAACGGUUCCUCCUCAUCUGCUCGCAGCGCUCAGCCCGAAGGAGGUGGACCGGCAGGCUGUCAUAUACGAGCUCUUCACCACAGAGGUGUCCCACCUGCGAACCCUGAGGGUCCUGGACAAAGUUUUCUUCCAGAAGUUGAGGUUGGUGCUGAACUCUGAGGAGCUGGCCUGCAUCUUCCCCAACCUGCCCCAGGUCUACGAACUCCACGCGAGUCUGUGUGAGGACAUGAAGAAGCGCAGAGAGACUCCUGUCGUCCAAGACAUCGGCGAUGUCAUGGUGGCCAGGUUCGAAGGUGUGGCGGGAAACGAGUUUCAGGAACAGUCGUCGCUGCUGUGCUGCCAGCAGUCUCAGGCGCUGGAGCUCAUCAAGAACAAAAAACGGAAAGACCCCCGCUUCACCCAAAUUAUCCAGGAGUGUGAGACAAGUCCUCAGUGUCGGCGGCUGCAGCUCAAAGACUUGCUGGUGUCGGAGAUGCAGAGGCUCACCAAGUACCCUCUGCUGCUGGACCAAAUCAUCAAACACACCGAGGCUGAGUCAUCGGACCUCCCCUCACUUCAGCACGCGCAGGCUUGUUGCCGGGCGAUACUGCAGGCUGUGAACGAGGACGUUAGGAGAACAGAACACCGUCAGCGCCUCGUUCAGUACCAGCGCAGGCUGGAUGCUGCUCCUCAGUUCAAGAGUCUGGACCUCACCACUAAGAGGAUGAUCCAUGAAGGUCCUCUCAUGUGGAAGAUCAGCAAAGAUAAGCAGAUAGAGAUUCAAGCCCUGCUGGUGUCAGAUUACCUAGUCCUUUUCCAGAAAAGCCCCGACGAUCGACUGCAGCUGCGAUAUCCAUCCCGCUGGUUGGGAGGAGGGGGAGGAGUGGGUGGCGGGGACAGCAAGACCUCCUUCAGCCCUCUGGUCAAGCUGAACUCUCUGCUCGUCCGACCUGUAGCUACAGAUAACAAAGCUCUGUACAUUAUCAGCACCACAGAGAGUCAGAUCUAUGAGCUGGUGGCAGGGUCUUCAUCAGAGAAAAACACCUGGAAGGAUUUACUUGAAAAGGCCAUCUCUGCUGCUGGAGGUUCGUCACACAUCAACCACAGGUCGUUUCAUUUACCUUCUUCCAGUCUGUGCAGUCCUGUUCCAAACAGCAGUGAUGCCACUGAAGUCAACUCUAUGGUGGAGCCGUCAGAUUCCAUGGAGACUCAGUCCUCCAUCGACGACAACACACCCGCAGACCUGUCCGUAGCCACUAACAGCCAUGAAGCAGAGGAGGGCAGCGUGGCACAAGCUGCAUUGCAAGACAUCGAAACCCUGCGGCAGCUCAUAUUGCAAGAUCUAGACGAGGACGGGUGGAGCCACAAUUCAGACAACACGCCCACCAAUGAGAUGACCAACAGAAGGAGUUUGGUGAUGGAGAGCCAGCAACCAGAGUGUUUGGAGACGGUCCUCAACUUCAGCACAGAAGAGGCGGAGCCAAAAGAAGCCCCGCCCACAGACACCAGGCAGCCCAGUUUUCAGGUUGUGAGGAAAGCUGUGGUUGCGGGUCCUUCUGCUUCUGUCCCUGAUGGCAUCACUGAUGAUGUUAGCCUCCUCUCCAAUCAUUCCUCCGAGUCUAGAGGCGUGGCCAAAGUUCAGGGAAACACUUUCUACCUGGUGAUGCCCUCAGAGCAGGGCGAGAGCAUCACAGACGACUUUGACGACCCUCCCACACCCACCGCCAGCCACUUCCCUCAGCCUGAGGAGGAAGUGAUGUCACAGCAGACACAACCAGAGGAGGAAGUGCCUGCUGGCUGCCCAGAGUUCAGGCAGUCAGAGACUAUGCAAUUGGAGGAAGGAAAAGAAACGAGCCUGUCGCAGGCAGGGACACAGAGGCACAUUAUCAAAAAUGCGGAUGAAAUUUUCAUCACAAUCGAGGCGCUGAUGAACAAGUUGCACAAGCUGAAGGAGAUUGAAAUGGCCCACCACAAGCUUUUAGAGUCUCUUCGAGAUCCGUCGUUCAGUCUAAAGUCAGAGGACCGACAGUGUCGCUCAGCAACCGUCUCCAGGACGCCCUCUAUGGAUGGCAGUUCAGGAGAGGGUAAAGAAGGAAUCCCAGCAGAGACUAAAAUUCUGUCAACUGGAUUCUGACAUGUCUGUGUGGUAAUUUGUGCUCACAUGGCGCAUAGAAGCACCUAUAUCAAAAGUUCGACUUGGACGCCAUAGACACCCCUCGCCCCUCAUUUCCAUUAUCCUGGAAUACAAAGGUGGCGGUAUAACCCACAGACAUUUCUGAAGCUGGCACAGGCUUGAACUUCCAGAGGGAGUCCAGGGACACCGAGGAAAAACCACGGAAGAAUAAAGAGAAAUUUACGGACAAAAGGAAUGAAGAAGUUGAAGAAAAGCCGGCCGAGUUGGAUAUUUUCAGAGGAAAGGCGACUUGUAUGUUUGGGUUUUUGAGAGCUGGUUGAAGAAGUGAUGCAGAAAGUGUUGAAAAGUUAACUUAAAGAAACUUUCCUAGGGAGACCCCAGCACUUUACCCACAAUGCAUUUCUCUGUGGUUGUCUUCUUGCUGCGAACAGAUCAGAGAUCAGAUUUGGGCCAAUUUCAACCUGGUUGCUUUGCACCAAGUUCACCUGCCACCUUGACUGAAGGACUGAAUGAGUCAGGUCAUUUUGCACUGCAACCUACACCACACACACACACACACACAAGGAUCACAUAACUCACUAAAUCGCUGUGGAAAAAACACAAAUAGCUCACUUGUUGCAUUUUGCUUUAGCCUUCAUUUAAGCUAUGGGAAAGCUGUUUAUGAGGAAAUCACGCUUUAUUCUCUACUACUGUUUACUACAGAAACACUGGCAGGUUUUACUUGUUGAUUUUUGUUUUGCAGCGCUGCUCUUAAGGUGCACAAGGACGCAAACUGCCGUUCACAUCAUGUAAAGUUGUUUAGGUGAAUCUUUUGAAGGGUUCAGGAUGUUUCAGGGCAAGACUCAAGACUGGAGUUGUUACCAAAUAGUUGCUUGAUCAUGGGAAUGUUUUAAUGGUGGAAACUGAACUAGCGACUGGUCCCUCAUCUGUAAUGUAGCGUUUAUAAUCCAUUUUCAAAGCCACAAUCAAAGUACUUUGUUUCUGGGAGAAAAACUUUUGACUGGGAGAAACCAACAGCUUUUCUAGAACGGUUUGAUAUUUUUGGUAAAUACACAUGCCUUGUCAAUGAGUUAGCAAAUGACUGGACCAGAACCAAUCCGAAAAGCACAAAAUCCACUGGCUUGCUCACGUCUUAGCACGCCACGGCCCUUUUAGGAGUUGUCAGA